GUAGCGGUUGGUCAUGUGACUUGUGUUUUGAAAAUUUGUCAAGGAAGAGAAGCACUUUGGAGAUUUUCCUCAAUUAUUUUAACCUUUUUUGGCCUCUAAACCUGGGCCAUUUUCAAGACACUCUGUCUGUGGUAGCUUAGGUCAUUAUGGCAUCCAGUGAAGUCCCAGUACCAACAACAGAAAGUGCACCAGUAGAAACUGAGACAUAUGACAACAACCAGACCUAUGAUGACCAGAGUUAUGAAAAUCCAAGCUUUUCCAACAAGCGUCCAGUUGAUGAAUCAGAUGGAUAUGAACAGCAUGUAACAAAAAGAAUGCGUGUAGAAGCUGGUGAAGGACCAAACACCAUUCUCAGGAUUUUGGUGAACAGCAAAGAUGCUGGUGGUAUUAUUGGAAAGGGAGGUUCAAAUAUCAAGCGACUGAGAGAACAGUUCAAAGCCACAGUCAAUAUCCCCGACACAAGUUGCCCAGAGCGAGUGCUGAGCAUCAAUGCUGUCCUUGGUUCAGCUUUAACAAUCUUACAUGAAUGCAUUCCCAAGAUAUGCGAGUCUCAACUGCGAGUAAACCCUCGCGAUGACCCGGAGAUUCAGAUGCUGGUACAACAGAGUCAGGCUGGAAGUAUCAUUGGACGCGGUGGAUCCAAAAUAAAGAGUUUAAGAGAGGCUACAAAGACAAAUGUAAAGGUUUUCCCUGAUUGUCUUCCUGAAUCCUCAGAAAGAAUUGUGGCCAUUCAAGGAACACCUGAUCACAUUGUCGACUGCGUUCAAAAUAUCUGUGAAACAUUAAGAGAGACACCGACCAAAGGCCAGAUCAACCUUUACGAUCCCAGCCAAGUUGGUUCGUUCCACGGUGAUUUCGGCGGUUUUCACCAAGGUGGAGGGUUCGGACGUGGGGGCCGAGGACGCGGUGGCAGAGGAGGGCGAGGUAGAGGUGGGGGGAGAGUGUAUACUGGACGUAGUGGAAAUAGCGGUGGAGGUGGUCCAAACUUUGGACCCGGGCCCAUGGAAGGGGGGCCACCCCCUGGAGGAAUGUUUGGUGGAGGGCAAAUGCCCGGUGAUUUUCCUGUGGACAACUUCAACGCGAAUCCCGGGGCGCAACAAUUUGAUCCAAACAGCACCACAACACAAGUUACCAUCCCGAAAGAUCUGGCUGGGUCUAUCAUUGGUCCUGGUGGGAACAGAAUUAACCGAAUCAGGCGCGAUACGGGUGCCAAUAUCAAGAUUGACGAACCAAUGCCUGGUUCCAACGACCGAAUUAUAACAAUCAGUGGAACACAAGAUCAGAUCAACCACGGUCAAUAUUUGAUGCAAAAAUGCGUUCGUGAAUAUUCUGGCAAGAAGUUUUAAGUUUUGGCCUUCCCAUCUCGAACAGUGUAAAUAAAUGACUUCAAAUGAAGAGCUGAAGACGAGACCGUUCGUGCUUCGUUUACAAGCACCGAUUUUAGUUACCCAGAGUCUUAUAUAGUUGUAUUCUCGUCUUUUACUUUAUGUAUCCAUAAGUGAAGUGAAUAAACGUGGUGUUA